CACCCCUCCACAGCUGCUGUACCAUUAGCUCUGUCAGAGUGGGAUUUGAGAGCAGGGCAGCGAUGAUGACUGGCCACUUGGACUCCUAGACCUCCUCACAUAUACUACUGUACACCUCUCAGGUCCACUUCUAUCACACACAACCGCUUUAGGUUAACCACCGUGGACCGGGAAUGGAUUCUAGGCUCCUGAUUGGACCGGGGGUCCCCACGCCGGACCCGACCGCCCGGGCACCCUGGAACAUCAGCUCCAUCAGUCCGCACCGGCUCAUGGAGCUGGCUCCUGUUGCAACAGCUGGUUCUGUGGUUCCAAGCCACGUAUUUCCAACGGUAGAUGUCCCAGACUACGCUCACUACACCAUCGGUAUUGUCAUCCUGAUCGUGGGCAUCACAGGCAUGCUGGGAAACUUCCUGGUCAUAUAUGCUUUCUGCAGGAGCAGGAGCUUACGGACACCAUCCAACAUUUUCAUCAUUAACCUGGCAGUCACAGACUUUCUCAUGUGUAUUACUCAGACACCCACCUUCUUCAUCAACAGCAUGCACAAGCGAUGGAUUUUUGGAAAGAAAGCUUGUGAGAUGUAUGCCUUCUGCGGAGCGCUGUUUGGUAUGUGCAGUAUGAUGACACUGAUGGUGAUCGCGGUGGACCGUUACAUGGUGAUCACCAGGCCUCUGGCCUCUCUGGGGAUGAUGUCUCGCAGGAAAGCUCUGAUCAUCCUGGCUGUUGCCUGGAUCUACACAAUGGGCUGGAGCCUGCCCCCAUUCUUUGGCUGGAGUGCUUAUGUCCCAGAGGGUCUGAUGACGUCUUGUUCCUGGGACUACAUGACGUUUACCCCGUCUGUCCGCUGCUACACCAUGCUGCUCUUUACCUUCGUCUUUUUCAUCCCUCUCUUCAUCAUCAUCUACAGCUAUUACUGCAUCUUCAGAGCCAUCAGGCACACAACCCGAGCGUUAACUAAGAUCAGCUGUGCGGGCAACAGGGACUCUGCAAAGAAGUUCAAUAAGAUGAAGAGUGAAUGGAAGAUGGCCAAGAUCGCACUCAUCGUCAUCCUACUAUAUGUCAUCUCCUGGGCCCCUUACUCCUGUGUGGCACUCACUGCAUUCGCUGGGUACGCUGACAUGUUGACUCCGUAUAUGAACUCUGUUCCUGCUGUGAUUGCCAAAGCCUCUGCGAUCUACAACCCCAUCAUAUAUGCCAUAUCACAUCCCAAAUACAGGUCAGCGCUCGGUGCGUAUAUUCCCUACCUCGGGGCAUUGCUGUGUAUUACUGGCAGAGACCGUUUAAGCAGCAGCAGUUUCCAGUCUACCCGGCGAUCAACCCUUACCAGCCAAUCAGAGUGCAAACGCCCCAGCAAGCCCCACAGGGCCUCCCUGUCUGAGAGCGAAUCAGCCCGCUUCUCAGACACGGAAGAGGACUGCUCGUCUCGGACGUCUGUCAUUCGUCAGUUGUCCAGUGAUGUCAAACAGGUGCGCCCUGCCAGCAAGAGGACAAAGGUGAGAGGUCCCAACACUGGAGAGUCUGAGAGGACUGCCACCCACAACCCCACUGACCCGACAAUGUGUCACCUCUCACAGAUCACAACUCUGACAGAGCCUGAAGACAUCUCCAUGUCGGACAUCAGCCUGCAGCCAACCAGUCAUCUGCCUGCUACUGUGGACAGAGUGAUGGAGGAGUCUGAGUCAAGGACUUUGUGUAAGACUAUGUCAUCCGUCAUUGUAACCUCCAUAUCCAGCCCGUCUAUACUGCCUAGUCCCUCUGGUUUCCAAGGUAACCUCUAAUUGAUCAAAACGUACAGCCCGGUUGCCAAGGAGCCCCUUGACAUAGCCUAACUGGAGACAUCUUUACCAUAAGCAACUGGACAGAAGUGCAACAGUGUGUAACCGUGUGUGUGUGUGUGUGUGUGUGUGUGUGUGUGUGUGUGUGUGUGUGUGUGUGUGUGUGUGUGUGUGACCUGUUUGCUAGUUAUAACUCAAAACCAGAGCAUGCUCUCUGUUAUUCUUUUGCAUACUGAGUGUGUGAGCGUGAAUACCCAGUACAUUUAAAUACAUGUGUACAUAUUUGCACCCAUAUAUGUGUUUUACUAUUUCCGACAUAUCAUAAUGGGUGGAGAUGGUUUACCUCGGAGCCGCAGGCAACAAAUUAGCCUUAAAAACACAAUGUGAAAAGUUCAGUCUCAAGGGUUGGGUAUUGAUUCGAUUUUUAGUGAUUGUUGAUUCAGAUUCUUGUCAUCAUAUUUGCGUAGAAGAAACCAUAAUACAUUUUGUCAUACCGUACAUUGCAUUGCAUUUUCUGAUUCUUUUUGGUCUUGGUUUGCAUUGAUGUUGAUUAAAUAUGUGUUUAAACAUUACCAUUAACAAACCAUUAGCUGAUUCUGAGGCAAUAUGACUACAGCUAAGGGUCAUCAAACAGGAUAAAUUAGUUUAUCAGCCAUAUUUUAAACACUACAUGCAUCAAUGCAUACUUAUCUAGCAAAAUAAACCUAAGCGCAGUAGGUUUGUCUAUUCUAUAUAAAAGCAUGUUUUUUUCUUAAUAUAAAAUCAGUUUCAACUCAGAACCAAUUCUCGAUACCCAACUCUAUAGUCUUUCUAUUGUUUGUGCGGUUUUUCUCAACUAUACUUGAGCAUUUGAGAAUAUACUAUGGAUACUGAUGCAUUAAUCAGUAUUUCCUAUAUUAAAAUUAAAUCAAAUGACUCCUGGAACUGGUGGUAGUACUAAUCCCACUGAGAAUAAACACUCUGCAGAUUUAAGCCACUUUAAACUUGUUCGUUCUCAAAGAAAACUAAAACCAUGCUGCUUAUUAACUGUGAGCAGCACAAGAGUUAGCACAAGCAAACUGCUCCUACACAACGUGAGAGACAAAGUAAACAAGUAACUGGUAAAGUACACCGUUUUCUAGCACCUUUGUUUCCCAUAUAGUGAAUGUGAAAAUAUAUUUAUUUUUUGUGUAUAUUUGUAUUUAUAAUUUCAAAAAUAACCUGCCUGAAAAUCUGCUGAAAGUUCAGAUUGACUUUAUUGUCAUCUCAGGUGGUGCAUUAAUUUAAAAAUGCAAAAACUUAGUAAGAAUGUGACCUAGUGGCUUAAAUAGUACAAAAGAGCUUUUGAUCCUAUCCAACACUAAAUGGCUGUGUUUAUGUGCAUACAUUUUCAGGCUCAUACUAGUUUCUCCCAGAACAUGUUUACAUGCUUUAAUUUAAAAAAAAAAUGUUCUCAUAUACUGUCUGUCUGAAUAUAACGUCUGUCUGAGACGCUUCGUUUUAGCAUCCGUCUCUUUAAACCCCCCUCCCGAAAGCAAAGUCUGCUCUGAUUGGCUUGCGAGAAAAAUAUGUAAAUAUUAUAGGGGCAGUAUAUUCUAAUAAACCUGCAUGUGAAAUGCCACAUCUUUGGCUUGUUGAAUGUUUUCUCAUCUAGGCAGCCACCAGGAAACUGCCUGGGUUGUCUUAUUUCAGUUUGUGGGUUGGUAGGCCCUCCAGAUACCCAAAUGUUUGUGCACAAGCACUGAGUUUUCACGAUAUGUCCCUUUUAAAAAAUGACCUUCCUUAUGCAAUGCUGCUGCUUCACAGCUGACUUUAAAAUGAUAGAGCAUCACACUAGCACAUAAAACCACCGUUUUAAAAUCAAAUCAACCUGUGGAAAACACUGCUAAUACUGUAUGUUAGCCAGGAUAAAUUGACUGCUAAUUUCAGUCUCAGUCUCUCAUCACUUAAUCACACUUAAUGCAGCUUUAAUAUGAGGUGUUUUACUUCUAAACUGGGUGAUAAGACACAUAUACACACAUGCAACCGGACAUGAGAGGAUACAGUCAGAUCAUUUACCCUCUGGUUCUUUGUCAUUGGUUUUUCCACUCCUGAUGUCAUCAUGUACCCCACUGUAGAUCAGUUCACAAAUGUAUUACAGCACCAUAGUACAUCCCAAUACCCAAUACUGUGUACCUAUUUGAGUCUGUGUGUGUGUGUGUGUGUGUGUGUGUGUGUCCGCACUGAAGAACUGGACUCACUACUGUACUUUUGGUUCCAAACCUUGCUGUAAUGUCUACUUUUAGAUAUAAUGAUGACAGUUUACUGCAUUACUUUACUGUUAUUAGAGUGUGGUUUCAGGAUUGUUAUUAUAUAUCUCAUCAAAGACAGUAUGUACAGAACACUAACUAUGUUUUGACAUCCUUUUUUUUAUUUCAAAGCUCUUUUUCUCCACUUCUGUACAUUGCAGUUCCCUUUGGCAUUCCUAAGAUUGCUGCAUUAUUGACUAUAUUUGUAGUAAUUUUUUUUUUUUUUAAAUGAUAAACAAAUUUAAAUGUUACUUGAAGGUUGAUACAUUCCCACCACUGCUCAUUUGUUCUGCACUACCCAUCAAUGAAUGUACAAAAUUACGUUUUUUUGACCAAAUAAGUUCUGCUUUAAUGAAUUGAUGGUUUCAUGAGGUGAUGGUUUCAUGUUGAUCUUUCUUGUACAAAAUGUUUUGUGUUGUUAUUUAUUUUCUAAA